AUACUAGAACUUAAUUGGCGCGGUUCCCGUAUAGGGAGAAGAGGCGCUAGUGUAUCACGACGGUACACUAGGCGCGUAUCACUACACCCGAUGUAUACUUCUGUUUGUUCGUGGCAUGCAAGUCACUUACCUUUCUAACCAUUAAUACCUGUAUUUUAUUAUAAAAUUCUAAUGCGAGAAACCGAAUGAAAGGUUUUAUCUUAUAUGUAUAUGUAAUUGAUUAAUCAAAUUGAUGUCGAAGAAUCUAAGAUUUAUUAUAUAAGAUAGGGACUACGCCAUACAAGUUAAGUGAAAAUGAAAUUGUGGUUGGUGAUCAUUCACAUUGUUUUGGUAGCUACAAACAUAUGGGUCACUGCACAUUUCCACGAAGAAGUUACAGAAGAUAAUGAAUUUGCAGAAUUUGAAGAUUUUGAAGAAGAUAAACCAGCAGCUGCAGCUCCUCCUUCCGAUCAUACAACGGAACAUCAUCAUAAAGAAGCAGAUUUAAAUGAAGACUUUGAAGAAGAUGACGUUCUUAUUGUUGAUGGAGAUAGUGAAUUUGAUCACUUUCAAGAUGAGGAAGAAUUUGAAGGAUUAGAUGUAACUGGUGGUAAUGCAGGUUCUAAAAGCGAUGAACCAUCCACACUUACUAUUACUAAAGUACCAUUGCAUUUGCGUGCGAGAUGGGAUAGUUUCUGUUUGGAAAUAUUGAUGGUAGCUGGACUUUUAGUAUAUUGCAUAAAUUAUAUCGCAGGACGUGCUAAAAAUGGACGUAUAGCAGAAUGUUGGUUGCAAGAACAUAAAGAACUUUUGUCGAAAAAUUUUACUCUUGUAGGUGAUACAGGAAAAUUAACAGAAAAUGAAUGUGAAAAUGGUUUGGUCAAAGAAAGCGAGUCGCAAUAUAGUUUAUAUUGUUCAGGUCGAGUUGGCUGUGAUUCGAUGUUAAUAGAAUUGAAAUUAAUUAAGAGACAAGACUUAAUUGCAGUAUUAGCACAAUUAGUACGACCGCAAAAUGAUCAAGCGCAUAUUAGAGUUGAUCUUGCCAAAGAUGAAGUUGAUAGUUUUGUAUUAGCAAUUGCUACAAAACGAACUGCAAUACAUUUGACAAGAGACAUGGCUGAUAUUAGUGUUUACUGUCCUGAAAAACGACCUGGAGAAAAAUACGGACUUCCAGCAGGCUUUUAUGUUAUGCCAGAAAUAGCUGAAACAGCUUCGAUUAUUUUAGAUGCCAAUGUUCUUCAAGCUUUUGCCAAAUUUUCACAAUACAUAGAUUAUAUCCACAUCAGUGAUCAAUAUAGUGGACCUAAACAACAAACAGAAACUACUCAAUUAACAAUGCCUGAGGUAAAAAAAGUAUUACUAGUCGGACUAAACAUAAGUAUAAAAGGACGUACAGCUAGUCCAGAAUGUCAAGAAAAACUACAACUUCUUCUUCGACUUACAUUUUACAUAUUGGAAAAAUUACGACGUUUCAAAUUAUCCAAAGAGGGUAAAAAUAAAGCGGAUAAAAAUCGGCUAAGGGUAGAGGAAGCAUUUUUGAAAACAACGCACGCGGCACGAGCCGAAGCUGCAGCACAAAAACGAGAAGAACGUAGAAGAGCUGAAAAAGAAAAAAUGCUUCAAAAAGAAGAUCCUGAUAAGCAAAGAAAAUGGGAAGAAAAAGAACAACGUAGAUUGGCAAAGAAACGUGCCCCAAGAAUGAAACAACUCAAAGUUAAAGCUUUGUGACCCAAUGCGGAUGUCACUGUUGUUGCAUGUGACGAAAGUUCUAGCCAGCUGUAAGUAAAUUGUUCAAGUGAUUUGCUUAAUUAGCGUUGUUUUGAAGAACUUUUAAACGUAACAGCAUCCUCCUCCUCCCCGUUCAUAUUAAAAUGUUGAAAAUUUAUUAGAAAACUAAAUAUGCGUUUUAUCAAAGAA